UCCACAGGCUACUGUUUUAAUUUGAUGGAUAAUUCCCUCUGUCUUCCGUUCUUAUCCUGGCUUGAUUUGACAGCUGGACGCAGCUGGACGCGCGCUCCCAUUCAUCUAGCCCAGACGCGCACCCGCUCCCCGGUCACAGCUGCUGCCCAGGGGCUUGCCGUCACCAAUUAGAACAACUGGAUCGAGGGAUGCGCACUUGAUCUCGAUUGUUUUGUCCUCCUAAAAGUCCCUCUGUCCUCUGUCACGAUUCCUCUCCAGAGAGGCUCCAAGGGGUCUCUGUCGUCCCUUUGUCCCCGAAGCGCGCGGCUGAAGUGGUCGGUGGUCUUUGUGGUGACCGCUGUCGCGAUGGUUUUGCUGGUUCUGGCCGUUGCUGUCCCGUUACUUCUGCUCCGCACCUCUGAAACCUCCGCUCAUUACUAUGAGAUGAUGGGCACCUGUCGGAUGGUCUGCGACCCAUAUAGCCCCAAAUCGGGAGGCGCCACCGCCAUGGAGGUGAUCCAGAACGGGAACGAUGUCAGACCGGGUAAACCGGGACCUAGGGGCCCGCCGGGGGAGCCAGGACCCCCGGGUCCGAGGGGUCCACCGGGAGAGCGCGGCGACGGUAAUCUCGCCUUUCCUACACUAACCGGAGCUGCGGGGACUGACAACGGAGAAACGGACGGUGUAAACUCGACGGCAAACAGUUUCAGAAUCGCUUUUUACGUCGGUCUGAAAAAUCCACAUGAGGGAUAUGAGGUGUUAAAGUUUGACGACGUGAUUACAAACUUAGGGAACCACUACGAUUCGAGCACCGGGAAGUUCACCUGCCAUGUGUCCGGGAUCUAUUUCUUCACCUACCAUGUGCUGAUGCGUGGAGGAGACGGAACCAGUAUGUGGGCCGACCUGUGUAAAAAUGGACAGGUUCGGGCCAGUGCCAUAGCUCAGGAUGCAGACCAGAAUUACGACUACGCCAGCAACAGCGCUGUGCUGCACUUGGACUCCGGAGACGAGGUCUAUGUCAAACUAGACGGUGGCAAAGCUCAUGGGGGCAACAACAACAAGUACAGCACCUUCUCCGGCUUCAUCCUAUACCCUGAUUAAAACGAUAAUGUCAGUGGAUAGUAAUCAUCACUGCAAACUGUUCCAGUUAAAGUAUAUGAUCAACUAUGUUUCUCUUCUUUUACUGCCACAAUGCACAGACAUUUCUGUUUAUUUAAGAUCAGCUGGAGGUUGUUGCCAUCAGAACAAAAUGCCAGGGUGAGUAAAUAUCACAGUACAGAGAAAAUAUAAAGGUUCUGUGACAAGUAGUCCCCUCAUCACCAAGUGUUUUUACACAAAUACUGAAUUAAUUCAUCUUCUGAUGUGGUCAGAGCUUUUUGUGUGUUUUAUAAGCCAACAAUAGAGUUUUAUUUCUUAAUGUUCCCCAAACACUAGCACAUUAUCAGUAUUUAGGGUAAAAUGGGACUUGGCAGUAUGUCCUGUAUUUAUGCUUCAACUGGCAUGCACCUUAACUGGAUGAACUGGACCUGCUUUAAAAGUUAUAUUUAACUGAAAUGGUCUAAUGAGGUCAAAUAAAAGAGCCAAAACUGAUUAAUUUCACAUUUUACUGUAAAUUCAUUCAUUAAGAUGCAAACAUUUCUAAUUUAGCAAUCUGAUUACUGUAGCAUGUUCAGUGUUUCAGAAAAUAUCCACACAUGAAAGAUACAAAUGGGCAUCUUGAAUUCUAUUUUGUUCUCAUAUAUGCCAAUAAAAAUUGUUUGACAAAAAGUUUUUAUUGUAUGAACAUUUCAUACAUGCUUCUGCAAGCACUUUACUCAUAAUGGCCUGAAAUCUAUCUGUACAUUUUUUGUUCCACACUUAUUAUAUGAAAACUAUUUGAAUGUGCUGCAUUUGCCCAUAAAUCAGCCUCUCUACAGUUUGUCCUAGGUGCUUCCCUGAAUGUCCUUUGCUUCAGCCAUUUGUAUGUAGUGAGCCCGGACACCAUUCUGCUCUCCAGUAUUUAUUCAGAAAGGCUGCUGAUAUAUAGUUGCCACCCUAGUGUUUAGUUAUUACAUGGAGCUACUGUAUAAGACAAAUUCUUUGUAACUUUUAUAAAUUUUUUGACAUGCAUUACUCAGCUACAGGCAUUACUCAUGUAAAUUACAUGCUUUUAUUUUGAAGGAUACCAAAAUGGUUUAGUGGCUAUACAGCCCAAGGUUACUUGUAUAUGCUGCAACAUAAAUAACUGGCUUUAAGUGUUUAAACAGUCUGAGAAA